AUGACUGCCACCGUUCCUCGACUCUGCCUGCAAGCUGAAUGUGGCAAUGCCUCUGUGACUGGAAUACCAGAUUCAGGGGAUAACUCCAGCGAAGAAGUAGUUGCCACAGGCGAGGGUGCUGACCGCUCUCCCACCCUGGUUUUGGAGAGAGAAGCUUCACAUUAUAGUGACAGUCAUGUGGCGACUGCCGCAAGUUUGUCUUACAAAUCUGAACUCGCCAUCCACCAGAGGUCAAACAUUGGUCAUCGACCCUUUCUGUGCGAGGACUGCAACAAGGACUUCAAGCAGGCCUCUGACCUCCACGUCCACCAGCGGAUCCACACUGGCAAGAAGCCAUUUGUGUGUUCCAAUGGUUGCCACAUGUUCUCACAUGAGGCCAGCCUGGUCACAAACAGGAGCAACCACACACAGGAGCAGCUGCACAUCUGCAAGUACUGUGUCCUGUGCUUCAGCCACAAGGGGAACCUCAAUGUGCACUACCAGAUCCACACCAACACGAAGCCCUACUGCUGUGAGAUCUGUGGCCAGUUCUUUCAGCAGCUGGGCACCUUCAAGAACCACCUCAAGAUGCACCUGAGGGCCAUGUCACCUGUACAGGAGCCAAGACUGUGCUGA